AUGGAGGCACCUUGGGUCUGGAGAAAGCUGCGUGGCAAGAGGCGGCUGGUCAUGGCAUUCUGCCUCCUGAUGACCCUGUCUGUGAUGGCUGUCACCCGUUUCCCCGCACAGCCUCAAGCCGCCGUGGAGCCCCAGGGGGUCACCGGCACCCCCGCCCCCCACGCCCCGCAGGCUCUGCGCUCUCGCUGGAGGCAGUGGACAAGGAACCUGCGUUUCUGGAGAGGCUGGGCCCUGCCCACGAGUUCCGUCCCGGGGUGCACUGAGGAGCAAGGCCACCGGAGGAGAGUGGACAGCAGCAGGUCCCCUGGAGGGGACAGCAGGCAUGUGGGGCGGGUCAAGAGGGACAUUGCUUUGAGACUCAGUACCCUGCGUCUUGUGCCCCUGAGGGAGGAUGAGGUCAGGAGUCCAGGAGCCAAAGACCUGCGACCCCCUUGGGAGGAUGGUCCUAUCCAGGAGGCACAGAGUGACACGAGGGCCCUGGUCAGCCCUGUCACAGGGCACCAGAGAUCUGCUGCUGGCCCGACCCUGCAGCCCCAGCCAGGGAGAGGCAGGGCUCUGCCAGGGGCUGAGAGCAGCGCCUUGACGGGUGGGCAGCCAGCAGGGGAUCCCACCCCGGCCACAGGGACUCGUCGGUGGCCUGGCUCCGUCGGGGAGCUGCAGGGAUCCAUGUGGUGUGCCCCCGAGACCCCUGGGCUAUUGACCGGCUCGGGGACCGAUGGUCUGGUGCCCCCGUGGUUCACAGAACACGAUGUGCAGAUCCUCCGGCUGUUGGCCCAGGGGGAGGUGGUGGGCAAAGCCAGGGUCCCCGGCCACGGGCAGGUGCUGCAGGUCGGCUUCUCCGCUGAGGGUGCCCUUCUGGACUCCUCUCCUGGGCUCAGCGGACUCUGCUCCCAGGGACUCUGCGGCCUGAUCAAGAGGCCCGGGGACCUGGCCGAGGUCCUGUCCUUCCACGUGGACCGCGUGCUGGGGCUGCGCCGGAGCCUGCCGGCCGUGGCCCGGCGCUUCCACAGCCCCCUGCUGCCCUACCGCUACACGGACGGGGGCGCCAGGCCCGUCAUCUGGUGGGCACCUGACGUGCAGCACCUGGGUGACCCGGACAAUGACCAGAACUCUCUGGCCCUGGGCUGGCUGCAGUACCAGGCCCUGCUGGCGCGUGGCUGCAGGGGGCCGGGCCAGGCGCCCUGCCUGGGCAUCCACCACGCCGAGUGGGCACGCCUGGCUCUCUUCGACUUCCUGCUCCAGGUCCAUGACCGCCUGGAUCGCUACUGCUGUGGCUUUGAACCUGAGCCCUCGGAGCCCUGCGUGGAAGAGGGGCUCCGGGAGAAAUGCGCAAACCCGGGCGAGCUGCGACUGGUCCACAUCCUGGUCCGGAGCAGCGAUCCAUCUCACCUGGUCUACAUCGAUAACGCCGGCAACCUUCAGCACCCUGAGGACCGGCUGAACUUCCGGCUGCUGGAGGGCAUAGAUGGGUUUCCCGAGUCCGUCGUGAAGGUUCUCCAGUCAGGGUGUCUACGGAAUAUGCUGCUCCAGUCACUGCAGGCGGACCCGGUGUUCUGGGAAAGCCACGGUGGGAGACGGGGCCUGAAGCAGGCUCUCCAGACCCUGGAGCGGCGAGGGCAGGUCCUUCUGGGACACAUCUGGAAGCACAACCUGACAGUCUUCAGGGACGAGGACCCAUGAGCCCCACACUGCCCAGGAGGGCUCUCACCUCACUGGUGGGGGGCUCACAGCACGACCUGGUUGGAUGAGCACCCGUGCUGAUGGCCACAUGUCCUUGGGUUCGCCCAUCUUGAAGACAAAUGGAAAAAGCCAGAGCCAGAAGGGCAGCAUGGAUGCCCUGGGCUAUGCCACCUGCAUGGACUUGGUAGGGGCGCUGGGCUUUCAGUCUCACCACAUUCUUUUCUGCCUUCUUGGCAAUGGUUAUGUACU